AACAUACCUCGGUCAUUUUCUACUGCAAUCUUAGUAACACAAAUCACGAAAACCCAAAACAAAGUGAGAAAAAGAAAUUUGGGGCAACCAGACAUGCCAUACUGUGAGAGUCUAAGUAAAGUUAUCAAAAGUGACCAAACAUAUGUCUUUAAUUCAGGAAAUCAUGAAGCUGAGAUGUGCUAUGGAGGAGAAGCUGAUCUACACAAACAUGUUAAUGGCUGUAAGAAGAAUCCAGGUCACAAAGGUUUUAUUCCUCUUAAAGAUUUCAACACAAAUUAUCUCCCCUCACGUUUCCAUGACGACGACCUCAUGUCUGAGACAAUCAAAACAUUGGCAGCCCUAACUGUCCAGGUAAAGACUAAAUUCACCAGUCUAGAGAGACCAGAGUUUUACCCAGGCACUCAAGUUCCAUAUCCAUGUUGUAAUGACAGAGGAAGUCACGUGAUGAGGUUAGGGACGGGGAGGGUUAUGGUGUGUACAAGUACACCGAGAGUUACGGAACUUGUCGUUGUGCCAAGUGUCAAGUCUCUGCCACACCCAGCAAAGUGUGGGGGAAGGUUUAUGUGUUGACAGCAACACACGUGGUGUUUGAUGCCAGUGAGGCGAGACAGACCAGGUGUGUUUUAGGUUUUGAUGACAAUAAAAGUCCAGUGGUCAGUCUUGAUGGCUGGGAGGUGGGUGGGGCAGACAUUGAGAGUGACUUGUGUUGGUUGAGAUAUGUGACAUGUGACUUAGAGUUGGUUGAUGAACUGGGCAAGAUGUUGCGGCGCUUUAGAGAAUUAUGUAGGGAAGUCAAUAACAAAUACAGGAGAUUUAUUGAUGUGGAAAAGUUGACCGUUUUAGUGUCACAUCCUCAUGGCUGUCCUAAACAGGUCUCUGUAGGACAAUGGACACACAGACGUGAGAGGUAUGAUAGUGAUGAUGAUGAUGAUGAUAUCCCCUGGACCAGGUACUGGUACACAACAUGUACAUGUCCAGGCUCCAGUGGAGCGCCUGUCUAUUUUCUUUAUUCUUAUUUCUUCUAAAUACUUUCACCAAAUGGUGAAAGAACACUCGCAUGUUGAAAUUUAAGUCUCUCGUUCCUAGUCAUCUAGCUCUGAUGGGUACCUGAGUAAAUUCGAGAAAUAUAUACUCGGCUGUGAUCACACAAUUAAUUCAUAAGCCAUGUUGAAAGAAAUAGAUUAAAUCUAUUUCAUCUUCUAGAUUGACUUUCGCAUUUAAAAGAUAACGAUACUUCCUUGGAUUUUAUGUCAAAACUUGGUAAAUAUUUGUAACAUUACAAACAAAGAUUAAUGGUCACAAAACCAACAGUUCAUAAUGAGCUCACAAAAAAUUGAAAGAUUAAACGGGCAUUUUUUUUUAUAGAAAAUAUUUUAGAGCUAUUUUCAUACAUGCAAUAUUAAUCAAAGCUGUACAAUCAAAAAUAUAAAAGACAUUUGGUUAGAUAGGCGUAAUGUUUAUUUUAUAACUUGAAAACUGAAUUGUAAAAAAAUAAACCGGGAAUGAUCUCCCCUAAACUUUCUCGAAUAUUCUCAUAUAACACUACGGGGGAUAUAAAUAUGAUUUUUAAUCCAUUUUUAAUUUCUUAAUAUUAUAAAAUAGAAUAGAAUCUGUGUAUAAUAGUGCGGAAUAUUAUUAGUAGUUUAUAAAUUCACAUUGCUUUUUUUUUUUUUGAGAAACUGAAAAUAGCGUAAAUUACUGCUUCAUGUCAAUGGAAAUUACUCAGAGAAUUAGAACUUUUACUUAUAUGUGAAAUUUCUUUUAUCUAUCUCAAACAGUAAUCAAGUUAUAUGCUUUUGAAAAACCAAAAGUUCCACUUUCGGUUACCGGAAAUCGCUAAAGGUCAAUGGAAAUUACUCAGAGAAUUAGAACUUUUACUCAUAUGUGAAGUUUCUUUUAUCUAUCUCAAACAGUAACCAAGUUAUAUGCUUUUUAAAAAACAAAAGUUCCACUUUCGGUUACCGGAAAUCGCUGAAAAGUUCAUACAGAACUACAAAUUCCAUUUAAUACUUGUACAUGCAAUUUCAUCAACCUAGCUGUAUCGGUAUUCAAGUUAUCAUGUUUACAGAGACGCUUAAGCACACAUAGACAUACGGACACAAUUGCAAAGCCCAGUUUUUCCGAAUUAAUUAUGCAUAGAACACCGAAAAUUUGAUGAAUCUGCAUGUAUUUUUUUCCCGAUUAAAAUAAAUUCCUUAUACUCCGUAUAUAAUGAAUUACUGAGGUGUAAAUCGAUUAUAUUAUACUCAGUAUACGAGAAAGUAAAAACGCUUACAGUCAAAGGGAAACAACAAUAAAAAUAUUUUAAGAGACACGAUUUUCACGAUUAUCUUUCUUUUUUUCCUGCAAUGUCAAUAGUUUAUGUCGGUAAAUCUCUCUAAGCUAAACACAGGAAUAUAUUAACCUCCAUCGUAUUAUAGGGGCAUUUAUAUAUUGUAUAAAUUGUGUUCCAAAAUAUGAAA